UCAACCCCCUUUCCAGUCGGACUAAUAGCGGACGGACCCAGACGGUAGUUGCAGCGCAUGCGUCAAUGUGUAUAUGGUUAGGUUUAUGCAAUGAUAAGGUUUUCAAGGUACGUGUAGUUGAGUCUUUACACAAGGAGACCAGUACAGCUAUACAAUGACAGGAGAAGGAGAGGACACCAAGAAUAAGGGUUUCAGGCUGCUUGGGAUUCUUGAUGUCCAGAACACUCCGUGUGCCAGAGACGCAAUCCUGCAUGGAGUUGGGGGGUCAGUAGCUGCUGGCCUGCUCCACUUUCUGGCCACCAGUCGGGUGAGGAGGUCUUUCGACGUGGGGUUUGCAGGCUUUGUGGUGACUACGCUCGGGUCCUGGUUUUACUGCAGGAUGACCAACGCUAAGAUUCGUGUGCAGCAGAGGAUCAUUCAGGAUGGCCUCAAGAACAAAGUGGUGUAUGAAGGGACCCUUUUAGACCCCACAAAGAAACCCAAAGCAGAAACCCCAUCAGGGCCUUCGUGACCUCCAGCACUGACCCUCCUCUGCUCUGUGAGGGCGGGCUGCUGAAGGGAGGGGAGGCGCUGCUGGGGUCCUGCAGAGACUUUACAACCAUUUUUUUGGAAAGAGCGGCCUCAAAUGCACACAUAACAGGAGGAGGAUUUCAGGAUUUUAUAGGUUUUAUGUUUGUCUGACAGCUUAGGACACAUCGAAUCCAAAACAUUAGAUCUCGUAGAGUCAACGAACUGGACGCGACUUCACGUGUGACAUGCUGGAACGUUUCUGUCGUAGGGCGUUGAAUGAGCCUUUAAACUCACCUGAAACCGUGCUGUGAUCAUUUAAUAUUUAAAAGUGGAAAAUAAAUUGUGUUCUGUAUCAUA